CACACACACACACACACACACAGAGGAAAAGUGUGUGUGAGAAACCACCUUCAGGCAUUUGGUUAGCUUGGAAGCUAGUUAGGAAGGUUAAAAUGCUGAGAAUACUCAGGGCUUCAUUGUGUCUGAGGAGGAGUUUUGGGAAGGACGCUCUCAUGCGCUGCCACCACACCAGUCUGACAAAUGAACUAAUUGAAAACAUGGACAAGAAGGCGACGUGGGACAGAUUCUACACAGAAAACGACAAGGGAACAUUUAAGAAUUUUGAGUGGUUCUUUGGCUUCCAUGCAAUCCAAGACUGCAUCCAACCUCUGUUGCAGACGACAUCCAGCACUAAAGCACCAUUACAUGUAUUGGAUAUUGGCUGUGGCACAUCAGCUUUGGGGCCUUGUAUCUACAGACACUCUGAAUGUGCUGUGAGGGUGACCUGUGCUGACAUCUCUCCAGUGGCAGUGCGACUGAUGCAGGAAGAUGCAGAAAACACACCAGUACAACCCUGCAACCCGUCCUCCACUCUAGUCUUCCAAGAAAUGGACUGUACAGAACUAGAAGGACACUUCAGGCCUGGGAGCCUGGCCUUAAUAGUUGACAAGGGGACGACAGAUGCUUUAGUCAGGUCUAAGGAAGGGCGAGCAAAGGCUGGUCAAAUUGUAAGGCAAUGUCUCAAAGUUUUGAGACCCUCAGGUCACUUGCUGCAGUUUUCAGAUGAAGACCCUGAUGCCAGGCUGCUUUGGCUGGAGAAGGAGAGUCGAGGUUCAGAAGUGGAAUCUGAAGUAGGGGUAUAUGAAAUUGGACAAAUAAGAGGGGUCACCUAUUUCUGCUAUCAGAUAACUCCAUGUAUAGCCCACCACUGACACGAAGUGUAUGUCACUGCCAAAAUGCUGUCUGGGCAACACGGUUUCUUUCAUUAAAUUUCUCUGCAGGUCAUUUAAUUGUUUAAGUGUAAUUUUUAAAUACUUUAAAAAUAAUAAUAAUAAAAAAAUAAUUAAA